CUCUAAAAGGUCAAGAGGACUUAACUAAGGUCUAUAUAAGUCCUUCCCUAUGCCAUUUGAAAAAUAAUUAAGUCAAGAGGACUCUGCUGAAAUUUACCUGACAAUAUCUUCUGUUCUUGGCUUGAGGAAAACUAAGUGCCCAGUUUUCUUGACAUGGCUCUUUCCAGUAUCCUGACAGAAGCUGAAAUCGCUGCUGGUCUACAGAGCUGUCAAGCUGCUGAUUCAUUUGAUUAUAAAACCUUUUUUGUCAAAGUGGGUCUCAACUCCAAGUCCAAUGACCAAGUUGCCAAAGUCUUUGGAAUUCUUGACCAGGACAGGAGUGGCUUUAUUGAGGAAGAGGAACUGAAACUUUUCCUGAAGAAUUUCUCAGCCAGUGCCAGAGCUUUGACUGAUGCUGAGACCAAGGCAUUCCUGGCAGCAGGGGACAGUGAUGGAGAUGGUAAAAUUGGAGUGGAUGAAUUUCAAGCACUGGUCAAAUCGUAGUCAGCAGUCAAGAUAAAGACCAAGAUAUAUGUGCCAUAAACAAUCUUUCCUAUUGCAAACCUACCAUUUAUUUACACAUUUUGCACCCUGAAAGGCCAUGAACAACUGUUGGCAAGUGGUUUCAUAUUGCUGGAAAACAUCUGAAGUGGUACAAGCACUACUUAAGCCAUGCUGCCAGGUGUUUUAAGCAGAAGGUCUAUGCCACUGAGGGACUGAACCAGAAUCCACUCUUCACAUCUGAAUUUAGGGCACUAAAUAUAUAAACAUAAAUAUUAAGAGGAGAAAUUGAAAGCAUCUCUGUGGGCCAUUGAAUUUUCAAUAUUUGCAUAAAUACAGCAUAUGUUGUAAAAAAUACAUAAAUACAGCAUAUGUUGUAAAAAACAGAAUUAAUAAAAUGUCCAGGUGUAAAACCUGUUUAUGGUAA